CCUGUCACGUGGCGUAACGGGGCAAAGCGGCUCGCACAACUAAAAAGAAAAGACAGAAAGAGAAGCAGGAUAUAUAAACAACGGAGAGUCAGUCACGCGACUUCUUAUUCGGACAGGCGACCGCAUCGGCCAAGAGCUGCGCUUCUUCGGUCACAAUCUGGAGAGUAGAUAUUAGUUGCUGUUGCUUCGACAGUGGUAAGGUCAUUUGCUAUGAAGACCGCCGUGGUGCUGGUGCUGACCGCCUGCCUUGUGGCUGUGGCCAUGAGUGCGGGAGGCCGGGCUUCUACAUCCCGUGAGCAGUUCUCCAGAUGGCGAGAUUGCAUGGUCGGAAAGCUUCCAGCAGAGAAAGUACAGACGUACGAAGACUGUCGCAAUCAUUCCCGUGGCACUGAAAUGCGCAGAUUCCGACAGGGUCUGGAAUGCGUUCUCAGCAGCUACAAUCUCGUGAAUAGGAACGACGUCGACUUGGCACGUAUGCGAGAGCUGGCGCAAAGUGUCACACAGGACAGAACUGAAGGCGGCCUUCCAAGAGUGCCCCCAGGACGACGGCAACAAGAAAGUCGCAAAGGCUGUGAAGUGCGUCAUUGACCACCUCGAAACGUCCUGCCCUGUGCCAGCCGGCGCAAACAGGGAGUAAAUGCCGGCAUCGCUACGUCAUCAGCUGCAGUGGAUAUUCGUUAAGCAUUGUAAGUGGGGUCAUGUCCCAUUUCCCUUAGGUAGAGUUCUUCGCAAGAGAAGCAUUGGAACAAAUGCACUGAACUCCAGAUUAUAUCCAACAAACUCCAGUUACGGUGCUGGCUAUUAUCAGUAAAUCCACCAGCUACGACACUGCGCCGAUGCCAAGGUCCAAGGCGACAAAACCCUCUGCCAGAGAUUUUCAAACAGAACGGACAACACUACGAUUCUUGUUAACCGAAAAUAAAUACUACCAAUAGACGUU